AUGUCGGACGUACUUGUCUAUUCGGGGCCGGGCGUUUCCACUUCGGCACUGCACCAUACGCUCAAGACGCUCCGUACGCUUCUCACUACAUACGACGUCAAGACGGUGGAUGCCAAAACGCUAGCACUCGAUCCAUGGCAGAAGGGAACCGCACUCGUCGUUCUUCCUGGUGGUCGCGAUUUGCCGUAUGUCUCUGAACUGGCUCGACCGUUCACCCGAAAUAUUGACGACAAUAUCGCACCUUCGAGUGCGCCCGAGCGAACCGCCUCGCGCCAACUACGCAAUUAUGUCGAGUCGGGCGGCAACUUUGUGGGAAUUUGUGCAGGUGCCUACUACGCAUCGAGCCACUGCACCUUCGAAAAGGGUACCGACAUGGAGGUGGACGGAGAGCGGCCGUUUCUGCGCUUUUUCCCGGGGACGUGCCAAGGGACAGUAUAUCCUGGCUUUGUGUAUGAGUCGGACAAAGGAGCUCGAAUCGUUGAUAUCGAGCGUGUGACGGGCCACAGCCAAAAGGAUCAAUGGAGAUGCCACUACAACGGUGGCGGCGCGUUUAUGAAUGCAGACACGUGGGCCGAACGUGGCGUAGAAGUGUUGGCUUGCUACACUAAGGCUCAAACGGAUGAUCUUCUACUUGAUAUUGACUUGAACGGCGGAACAGCUUGGAAACGACCAAACUACGACGGCCAAGCGGCAGUCGUGCUCUGCUCGGUAGGACUGGGCAAGGCUCUGUUGUUCGGGACACACCCCGAGUUCCCACUUCUGGCGACCUCAACACCGGUGCUGCUGGCAGAAAACGGCCAGGUUGAUGCGCAGGAACACAAAGACCACAAAGAACGAGCCAGACAACUGCGGCUGCACGAACAGCGCCGUCUGCAAUGGCUGCACGAGCUGUUCACCCAGCGGCUCGGACUGCGCUCGGAACUGCCACAGUGGGCUGCAUCUGCAGCAGUGUCGGCCGCAGGAGAUGCUGCUGCUGGCAACACAAUCGCGGCUGGCACAGCCAUCGAGACAGACGAACCCAAGCUGCAACCCAUCUUCCUUGCUCUGAUCGGCAAGGAUUUGCAGGGGCUCACCGACGACAUUGUGCGAAAGCUUGCUGCAGAACGAUCAACCAGUGCCACGCCACACAUUCAAGGUUACAACGACUGCUCCGCGCUCAAAAACGCAACGUUUGCGAGCAUCAAGGACUCGAACGACGUCAUACACUUUUCAGUGGCAGAUGCGAAAAGCAUCCUAGAGGCUCAGAAGCUGUGUUCGUCCGCCGACUACGAUGCUUUCUCCAAACCCGUCGUGCCCGCUCCAGUUUCUGAUGAGGCGGCUGCGCAAGAUUUGCCGACGCAGGACAAGGAGGUAGACCUGGACUUGGUGCCAAAGUACGUGCUGGUCUGUAAGCCAGCGCGACCCUCUGUCGACAUGGUUGCCUACUGGAACAUUUGCGAGUACGAAAAGCAUCUGCUGCACUUUCGUGAGGUGAAUCUGCAGAGGGAGCGCAGCAAGGAGCAGGGACACUGGUCCACGUGGCGUGCGCCGUUCGACCCGUUCCAUCCGUUUGGCGCCUCUAGCGGCGGCUUUUCAGGUGUCGAGUAUCAAUUCGGCACGCCAAUGCUGUAUACGCAGAUGGUGACUUCGACACAAACGAUGCUCGACAGGAACAUCCGUUUGCUCUCUGCUUUACCGGUUGGAACGACCUUCUUCGCAACGCAGCAGAUGAGUGGUCGAGGACGUGGAGGUAACCGAUGGAUCUCACCCAAGGGCUGCCUUCAGUUCUCCGCCGUGUUCCGUGUUCCGGUCUCGAUGGCAAGCAAGACCGUCUUUCUGCAGUACCUUUCCGGUCUAGCUGUCGUCGAAGGCAUUCGCAUCGCGCUGGGCGACAGUGAAGCGGGUCGAGCGGUAGCGCAGAAAGUACGCAUCAAGUGGCCGAACGACAUCUAUGCCGAGAUUCCUCGCGUUGACUCGGAUGCUUCCCUGGCGACGGGCGCGAGUGCAAGAGCCAAGACGGCCACGUUUGAGUUGGGCGGUAAACGAUAUGCGAAACUCGGCGGUAUCCUGGUCAAUUCGCAGUUCAGCGGUGGUAAUGAGUUUGUCCUCGUUUCUGGUUGCGGUGUCAACUGUCUCAACGCUCGGCCUACUACGUCUGUCUCUGAUCUGAUUUCGAUCCACAAUCGAGCUAUGACGGCGUCCAACGCUGAGCCGUCCACGUUGCUUGCGCCCAUAACACAAGAGAAACUGGCCGGGGCAAUCCUGUCAACGUUUGAUUCGAUCUGGAAGACGUUCAUGCAACACGAGGGCGAUUUCAGACCGUUCGUCGACAAGUACAGGCAAGUGUGGCUGCACAGCGAUCAGGAGACGACGUUGACGUCAGACGCUAUUCGAGCUAGCGCCACGGAAGCCGAGGAAGAAAACGUUAGGAUCGUAGGUAUUUCGUCCGACUUUGGACUGUUGCAGGCGGUGCCGAGGAGCUCGAAUGUGUUUAGCAACGAUGCGAGGGCGUGGAGCGAUACGAAGGAAUCGAAAAUGGGAGGGAUCAUCCAAUUGCAACCUGACGGCAAUUCGUUUGAUAUGCUACAGAACUUGGUCAAGCGAAAGGCCUAG